CACAUGGGAGUUGCAGAGGUCUGACUAAUACCUCCAGACACAGUGGACACUCAACGUCACCGAGUGUGAAAGGAGUGUGAGGUGGGAGGAUGUACUCCAGAGCUUCCUGGGUGAUUAGCAAGCAUGGCAGAAUUCUGGCGGGUGAAUCGCAGGAUCAUCUCUCUCAGCCAAGACACCAUAGACAGCCAGAAGAUCUGAUGUGUGUGCUCUAACACUGUACUUGCUCUCCCCACUACUGCAGUGCUUCCCACACACACGACAGUGUUUGGGAAGUUGAGUGUAAUGGAACUCACGCCCUUC